AUGAGUUCAUCUGAAUUAGAAUAUGAUCAUAUGAUUGUUUGGCUUGAUCAAAAUAUUGCAUCGGCUGAUUGUUGUCGACAAUUAAAAAAAGCAUUUUCAACAACCAUUAAUCCUGAAAAUCGUAUUUCAACAAAUAUUGAUGAAUUAGAUAUUUGCAAUUUAAUACGAGAAAAUUCCAUUAAUGAACAAACAAGUUUUCUUGAAGUUCCAUUUAUAUUUCGCUUAUUUUCUGAUGUUGAACCAUGUUUAGAAUUUUUAAUAGAAAAUGCUCGAAAAAAACGAAUCUUUUUUUUAACUUCAGGUUCAUUAGGUGAAAAAAUUGUUCCAAAAAUUUUAGACGAACAUCAAGAAAUCUUUCAAGAUGAAAAUAAUAAACUUUAUGAAGAUUCAAUUUAUAUAUUUUGUGCUGAUAUGGUUAAACAUGGACAAUGGGCUAUUGAAUAUCUAGAAUUAGAUUGUAUUAAAAUGGAAAAUGAUGAUCAAACUUUAUUAUCUCGUCUUACAAGAGAUAUUGCCAAAUAUUUUUUAUUUAAAGGAAAACAAUUCAAAGAAAAUUCCAAUAAUUUAUUAUCAUCAUUAGAAAAAGCAACGAAAUAUUUUACUUGGGCUAAAGAACUUUAUCAUCGAGCACAAACAAUUAUUAAAACACAUACUUCAACAAAUAUGAUAAAUGAAAUUGAUCAACUUAUUAUUCAGACACAAUUUCAAAUUAAACAAAUUAAAAAUGACAAUGAUGAUGAACAAUUUGGAGAAGAAAAUUAA